GGGCACGUGGCGUUCCUCUCCCGCCUCUGGCUCACAGCUGGGUGGUCCUGCUGCUGCUGGCAGCGAAGGAAUUGCAAGAGCCGCUCCAGUGAAGAACCGGAGCGAAGGCAGUAGCCGGAGAGUUUGUGUUAGCCUCGUGUUGUUUCCAGAGCCUGCGUGGCAGGACGCUUUGCUUACAGCUAUGCUGGAAAAGGAGGGAGGCUCCAGCCAGUAGGGAGCGGGAGUUGAGCGCUUUCCAGCCCAGCAGCUCGAGCCAAGCCAGCAACAACGGCAGGAAAAAAAGCAUUAAGGAUUGGAUAGUAACAGGAAGGAGCACCACCUGUCUCCUCCGUCUCUGAUCUACAAUGAGUGCCAAAUCUGCUAUCAGCAAAGAGAUUUUUGUUCCACAUGAUGAAAGAAUGCUGGGAGCAGUCCAAGUAAAAAGGAGAACGAAGAAAAAGAUUCCUUUCCUGGCAACUGGAGGUCAGGGUGAAUAUUUAACCUACAUCUGCUUGUCGGUGACAAACAAGAAACCUACACAGGCAUCUAUUACAAAAGUCAAACAGUUUGAAGGUUCUACAUCUUUCGUCCGAAGGUCACAAUGGAUGCUUGAACAGCUUCGUCAGGUAAACGGAAUAGACCCUCAUAGGGAUUCCCCAGAAUUUGAUUUACUAUUUGAAAAUGCUUUUGACCAAUGGGUAGCAAGCACAGCAUCUGAAAAAUGUACAUUCUUUCAAAUUCUCCAUCACACCUGUCAGCGAUACCUUACAGACAAAAAGCCAGAAUUUAUUAAUUGCCAAUCUAAAAUUAUUGGAGGAAACAGCAUACUACAUUCGGCAGCAGACAGUGUGACUAGCGCGGUACAAAAAGCAAGUCAGGCUUUGAAUGAGCGUGGUGAAAGAUUAGGUCGAGCAGAAGAAAAGACAGAGGAUAUGAAGAACAGUGCUCAGCAGUUUGCAGAAACUGCACACAAGCUUGCCAUGAAGCACAAGUGUUAAGCAUGUCUAAUGUAAAGACCUUUCCAAGAGGAACUGAAAAGCUAGAUUCAUCAUUUUUUACAGGAGAUACAACUUCAUGUCUGCUUUUUCCUACAUUCAGUGAAGCCCAGUUAUUCCAGUUACAAUGUAGGAAAUAAGUUGUAUUCCUAUCUUUUUCUAUCAGUAAGCCAUCCUGCGAUAUCACCAUAUUUUUUAUUAUUAUUUAAAAUAAGAGAUGAUAACGUGGAAGUUGGACCAAAGGACAUACUGAACUUCAUUGAUCUGCAGUAUCAUACUGUUCCCAGUAUUACGCACAAAGAAGAAAAAAUAGCUACAGGAAAGACCACCAAAUGAAAAUAAAAUCCAAGGGAAUUUUUUAAAAUUGUCUCUUAGAACAAUUUUUGGAGUUAUGUGGGUCAUGCCUUCUGUCACUGUGCAAAACGAGUUAUUUGCUGUGAAAAAAGCAGCCCCAUUUAUGCCAUUUUUCAUAAACAUAUUUUGCAUGUGCCAAAUCUGAAUUUGAGAUGUCACCCUUCUGUCAACAGUACAUUUCUUGUGAUGUUAAGACCUAAGAAAAGUCUGAUGUUUACAUUUCUAAAUGCUUCUACAUUUAGACCAGAAUUUAGCAGUCAGAUUUUGAAAUAAUUUUUUUUCUUUGUAAAGCAUUUUUAAACAUUUAAAUUUACAUUCUAAAUCCAUAUUAUAUAGGAAACAUUUCAGAAUUUUAAUAUACCCACAGACACUACUACCCUUGUUGCAGCUGCCGUUCUGCUUAGUGUUAGGCACUUUUUCCAUUUUAAUGCUUGGAGUAAGGCUGGUACAGUUAUUCCCAACAUUGUAAUAUGGCAAUUCUUGGCUAAGAGAAACAGAGGCUGGGCUGCACUUGCAUUCACUGGGCCCCAAGAAACUAGUAAUUUUAGAGUAAUUUCAUAAUAAAACAUGCAUUUAACCUUGCAUUUUGUAGAACAAAAAUAUUUACUUGCCAAUAAAUACAAAAUCUUAUUUCACAUUUGUUAUGAAGUUUUGACUUCUGAUCUAGGAAGGUUGAUACAUGCACAGAAGCCUCUUGUUUGGGGAAUUGCAAAAAAGGGAGCUAUGCAUAGAGGGGUCCAGUAAUCAGAGUCAGAGAUCUGUAAGCAUACACUCUGAGCAUGAGGUUAAUUGCUGUAAACCGCCCAGACAGCUUCGGCUAUGGGGCGGUAUAUAAAUCUAAUAAAUAAACGUAAUAAAUAAAUUCUGUCAGCUUUGCCACCAUCAGUCCCAGGCCAUUCUUGCCUAACUUCCUUUCAAGAAGUUUCAAGGCUGGAGUAGCCUGGGUUCAAUCCCAUUCCCUCCACUGAUAGCAUUGAACAUUUGCCAGUCAUAUGUGCACAAACAAUGUGGGGGCAACCACAUGCUGCACCUGUGACUCUCAAGAUUGGCAUCAUGAUGUACACACACAGGCCAGUAAACCCCAAUGAAUGUUUAGAAUUUCUAAUGUAUUUGGGCUUCUAUGGUUUUUUCCCCCUACUUUGACUUUUUAUUAUAUCCCAAGUGCUUAUGUAAGCAGAAUUUAAUGUUUUCACACAAAUGCAUUAUAGAUGACAGUUGGAGCACCUUAUCAUUUUCUAAUAAGGCUGUCCAAGAGAUGAGAAAGGAGGCUGGUAGAUACUAGGAGGGAAACAUUUACAUUUUUUGAAUUUCUGAAUCAACCCAGAAAGAACACCCAGUUAAUUAAAUUAACUGUUCAUGAAGUUUGUGUAACAUCAUAAUAGAAAUGUGGCUUCAUGAACCGCUUUAAGGGCUACAACAGCACAAGCCUGCCAGCCACAAAUCUUUCAAACCAAAGUAAGUUCAUGAUAUAUAAUGCAUUCACUGUUCAUCUAAGGUGCAUUUUGAACCAUUGGCUUCCCCUGCUUUAGUCACCUCUCAAGAACUAAAUGGGGAAAUGAAACAUCCAAAAAACUUUGUCCUUUGAAAUUAGACUUGGAUUAAAGAAUGAAGCAUUUACCUUUAUAAAAUUACUGUACAACUUUCCCAAAGCAAAUUUAUACCGGUUUUUCAUUACUCUUGGCUUUUUCUUGGGGGGGGGUGUUUCAGGAUAAAAUGAGAGUAUAAGCUAUGAUGUAGUUGUAAUGUCAGUCUUGCUGAAGCUAGUGGAUAAAAGUGUAGAGCAAUCAGAGAGGCAGCCUGCAGUGCCCUUCACAUGCAGCAACAUGGGAACCAGUUUUCUGUAAUGCAGCUGGCUAUGUGUGAAUGGCACAGCCAUGUGGGCAGGGAUCAUCUUAUAGAUUUUUCCCAUAGAAUAGAUCUUUCCCAUUCAUACGCAAUUCCAGCUGUGUAAAAUGCAACAUGGAAAGUAAGGGGACCAUGUGAAGAGCACCUCAGAGAUUAGAUGAAUUAACAAUGAACAUAAAUGAAGGUUGGAGUGUAUGGGGAUGCCAUAUGUAGUUGGUCAUAUCUGAUAACAGGUAUACUGCUAAAUUCCAGAUUUUUCAUUGCUUGGACUAUGAAUCAUUAUUUUAUAUGCUAUAUUUAUUUUGCACAUUUUUACAUUUCAGCUCAAUGAUAAAAUUGACUUCCUGUCAAUAUUGGGCUUUUCUUCAAACUGCCAAACUAACCCUUGGUAAUUUUAUCAACUUGAUGUUUAAAAAAGUUAGAUCUUUGUAGUUCUGUUAAUGAGUAAAUUUAAAUUUCAUCAUUUUUUUAGAGUAAUUAGAAACAAGUGUGCGGACCUCAGUACCGAAAAUAAACAUUAUAGAGUUAAAAAUGUCCUCCUGAGGAUAGCAAUAGUAUACAAUUCUAGUAUUAGAUAUUUGUGUACACAAAGUAUACAGUAAUUCAGGUUAAUGUUUCAUAUUCAAGAAUGUAUUUGUAAAAAGUAAUAAAAUCCAUAGUUUCUUUAUAAACUUUUUAAAAGUUCUGCAAAGGAUAAAAAUCAUGUCUUACUAGACUUCAGACUGUCAUGUCUGAAAGAUCAGUCUUUGUCUAUUUCUGUGGCUAGCAAAAUGUUGUGCAUUAAUGUGAAAAUAUUAACAAAACUUGCUCACUAAAUGAGCGAUCUUAAAAUUUGUUUUGCUUUGAUAUGCCAAAAUUGUAAUUCUCGCUGAUAUGAUAUUUCUCAAAGGUCUGAGGGGUAUAGGGGGGAAAAGGUGCCAUUCUAAAACAAAUGGGUCCUUUUCUUUGCAAACCCUAUUUUUGUCAUUCAAUAAAACACACUCUUCUUCUACAUUAUUUUAUGGGGAUAGGCAUGGCUGUAAAUUUAACUGUGUAGAAGUUUAUUUUAUACCAUACUUCUUCUUUGUGGUCUUAAUCCUUCUGAAUGACUCUCAGGGUGCCUGUAGAGUAUUGAGCAUUCAUUCUGAUUUGUUUGCAGGGAGAUUAGACAACAUUAGCUAUUUAAUGAGCAUUAACUUUGAUAUGUUUGUGGGGAGGCUAGAUGAUGAUGCAUCAAAGCAAGUGUUAUCCUACACUUUCCAUUGUACUUCUUUUUCACCUUACUUAUUGCAAAAUGUCUGGUCUUUUGGGGAAGCAGGUUUGUUGUGCAAGAGCUCCUUUGCCGUUAUGUGACUGAAUCCCACCUGAAAAUAGUGACAGUCUGAAAGUGCCCCAACUCCAGUGAGUUAUACAGGAAGUAUUCAUUGCCACCCCUCCUCCCAGUCAAUCGCACAGUGACUUCAUGGUGGCUACUGGAGCAGUUGCCUGUGUGUGUUCCCAUUAUUUCCUCCAUUUGUUGCUGGCAGAAGUGCCUAAUGAAAUACUACAUACUAGACAUCCAUAAGGAAUUAGCCAUUCAAAAUGAAGAUUUCAUGACUUGUAUAUAUGCCUUAACUAAAUGAUUUACACAGUGUUGGCCACUGAUUUUAAUAUAUACUCCAGAUAGAUAAGAUUACCUACAAAGAAUGUGACUAUAUUUUGUGGCCUGAAAUGUGUGCAGUUUCCACUUGAAGAAGCUGAUUGCUGAAGACUCAUCUUUUGCAACGCUUCAUUCAGAGUUGUUUUGGUUUCUUGUCACACCUGUACUGUACAUUUUAUUAAAAGGUAUACUUAGCAAUGUGCUACAUGCACAUUAUGAAGUGCUUUUGAAUCCAUCCAUCCUCUUGAAGAACAAAAGCACUAUAGUUAUAAAUGGUCACAGUGCUCAACUCCAUUGCUGAAUGUUGUGAAUGCAAGUUGCAGUUUGUCCCUUUAAUAAAUGGCUACUUCUCUUGUGAGGGUCAGAAAUAGCUAGACUCUUGAACUGGGAUGUUGGCCAUGUACAAACUAUAAUCUGGCAAAAUUAGAAUUUAUUGUAUGUAAUAUUCUGUGUGUGAUUCAUAUAACUGUACAACUACAAUUUUGUUUUCAUAA